UCCUCUUUGUUCACAUUAAUGAUAUAACCACCAAAGAACGAAACUUCCCCAACCAUUAGAAAUGUUUCUUCUCUUCACGGCUUGGGAUUACGUGAAUUCUUCAUUUUCCUAGCAACUGUACAUGUUUUUCCUAUAUAUAUGUAUGUAUAUAUAUAUGUAUAUAUCAUAGACAAGAAAGAGCCGAUUGAAGAAAUGGAAUCCAUGGGAGUGGGAUUCAUGGCAGUCUUUGCUGUUUCAGGAAGCGUAGUUCUUAUUGCUCGCAAAUUCCAUAAGCGCCUCGUCUCUGAUUUCAUGAAGAAGAUUGAAUUCGAAUUGAGUGGGUCAACGAGAUGCAAUCGAAAGAAGAAGGUCAAAUUCGCGGAGGAUGUGAUGGAGCCAUCGUCGAAUAACAAGGAGUACAGAAUGAGAUCAUACCUGAUGAGGCCGGUGAGAGGUGGUGAUGAUGAGAUUGAGGAGGCAUUGGUCAUGGAGGAGGAAGUUGUAAGAAAGGACGGUGGAAAUGUCAAUGUGAAGGUCCACCACACAAAGCCUAUUAAUUGGCAAAUUUUGUAUAAAGGGAAAUAUAAAGCCCUUAAAAGUUACAACAUUUGAUGUUUGUAGGUAGAGGAGAAUGUGGUGAUUGUUUGCUUCCAUUUUAUUUAUUUUUUUGGGUAUUAAGCAUAUCCAAGGCUAGUAGCAAAAUCAAGUAAUCGAAACAGAAAUUUGAUUAUUGCUAUGCCAUUAACACUUAUAUCAUGUCUAUUUUUUCUA